UUGAUGAAAACAAAAAGUUAGAAAACCAUCGGCAUCUUUAAAUUGAAUACAGGGCCGUAGUUGUUUCAAAGAAUGCCUUGUUGUAGUAAUGACUCUUUUGUUAAUCCCAUUGUGAAGUACAUUCUUUUCUUUUUCAACUUUCUUUGCUGGCUGUUUGGAGGUGUACUUAUAGGAAUUGGCAUUUGGGCUUACAUUGAAAAACACAAGUAUUACCAUAAGGAGAUUGAGUCUGUGUACGACAUCAUCUUUGAUCUGGCCAUCAUCUUCCUGGUCCUUGGGGCUGUCAUCUUUAUCUUGGGAUAUGCAGGAUGUAUUGGAGCUCUCAGAGAGAAUGUUUACCUUUUGAAGUUUUACUAUUUUGCCAUGCUAGCAAUAUUUCUCUUGAUGGUCGUUGGUGCUGUGUUGGCGUUUGUUUUCCGUGACAAAUUUAAACAAAAUUUUGAAUCCCUUCUGCAAGAGAACCUGAUCACAACAUAUCAGGAUGACCCCGAUAAACAGAGCACUAUUGAUUGGUUACAAGAACAGCUGGGUUGUUGUGGCGUGAAAAAUUACCGGGACUGGAACAAGAAUCAGUAUUAUAACUGUUCAGAUGAUGGGCAGGGUAACCCCAGUCCACUGGCCUGCAGUGUACCUCACUCUUGCUGUAAGGUCCAGGAUAUUCUGAUGGCAGGAGUUCCAAAUAUAUUGUGUGGAAGUAAUGUUCUCAAAAUGGGGGGUGACACUUCUAUAAUAUACACUAUUGGCUGUAUCGAUGCUGUUCAGGGCCUGGUUGAGACUCAACUCCCCAUUAUUGGUGGGAUCACGCUUGGCAUCGCUUUCAUUCAGGUAAUUAUCCAGGGGUUUAGAAGUUACAGGGAUCAAACUGUUGUCGAACCUUUCAGCCCCAAACACAAUGUCAUAGUUGGCAGAAAUGGGUCAGGGAAAAGUAACUUUUUCUAUGCUAUCCAGUUUGUCCUUUCGGAUGAAUUCAGUCAUCUUAGACCAGAACAGAGGCAAGCUCUUCUUCAUGAAGGAACGGGUCCAAGGGUUAUUUCCGCGUUUGUGGAAAUUAUAUUUGACAAUUCAGAUAACAGAAUACCAAUUGACAAAGAUGAAGUUGUACUCAGGCGUGUCAUUGGAUCCAAGAAAGAUCAGUACUUUUUAGAUAAGAAAAUGGUCACGAAGGGUGAUGUAAUGAACUUGUUAGAAAGUGCUGGAUUUUCUCGAAGUAACCCGUACUAUAUUGUUAAGCAGGGAAAGAUUAAUCAAAUGGCAACAGCUCCUGACUCUCAGAGAAUCAAACUUCUUAGAGAAGUGGCAGGAACUAAAGUUUAUGAUGAAAGAAAAGAGGAGAGUAAAGUCAUUCUAAGAGAAACCGAGGGUAAGAGAGAGAAGAUAAAUGAUCUGUUAAAGUAUAUAGAGGAGAGACUGGCCACAUUAGAGGAUGAGAAAGAGGAACUUAAAGAAUAUCAGAAGUGGGACAAGAUGAGAAGAUCAUUAGAAUAUACCAUUCAUGACCAUGAACUGAGAGACACCAGGAAAAAGUUAGAUGAGCUGCAAGAGAAACGAGAUAACAGUGGUGCCAUGACCCAAAAGAUUCGAGACAAACAGCAGUCUACUGUCGACCGAGUUAAGUCCAUAACCAGAGAACUCCGAGACCUGAAGACUAAAAUGCAGGGAGUUAUGGAAGAGAAAGAAAACAUGAACUCAGACAACCAAGAAGUGACCAAACGCAGAGCCAAGCUGGAGUUAAUGAUCAAGGAUAUUCAGGAUGAACUAGAGGGGGACAAGAGUGCUAGGAGCAAGUCCGAGGAUGAACUGAAGAAGAUACAUGAAAAGAUUGCUAAAACCCAGCAGCAGCUGGAAAACAACUUGCCUCUGUAUGAAGCUCAGAAACAAAGGGAAGAGAACUGUACCCAACAGUUAUCUUUAGCGGAGCAAAGGCGUAAAGAAUUGUAUGCCAAACAAGGCAGGGGGAACCAGUUUACAUCUAGAGAUGACCGAGACAACUGGAUUAAAAAAGAGUUGAAAUCUCUCAAUAGGGCAAUCCGGGAUAAAGAAGAACAGAUCAAGAGACUGAGAGAAGAUUUAGUGAAUGAUAACAAACGAGCUGAACACCUAGGAACUCAGACUCUGGAAAUUAGCAGCAAAAUUGAUCAGAAUAAAGACAUAAUUGAACAGAACAACAGAAAUUUUAAUGAGAUGAAGAAACAGAGGGAUGCAUUACAAAAUGAAAGAAAUACAUUAUGGAGGCAAGAAACAGUACUACAACAAGAACUGCAGAGUGUUCGAGAAGAAUUAAGUAAAAAAGAACAGGGUCUAAGGUCCAUGAUUGGCAAGGCGACCCUGAAUGGAAUAGAUAGUGUUCAGAAAGUGCUAGAUUCCUUUCGGGAGCAGGGCAAAUUUCCAGAAGUGGUGGAUGGAUACCAUGGAACGCUGAUAGCUCAGCUGGACUGUGAAAAGACAUUCUUUACCUGUGUGGAAGUAACAGCUGGGAACAGACUGUUUCAUCAUGUGGUGGAUUCUGACAAAACGGGCACAAAGAUCCUUACAGAAAUGAAUCGUCUUCGACUACCAGGGGAGGUCACUCUAAUGCCGCUUAAUAAAUUGGACGGCAAGGAAACCCAGUAUCCCACCACAAAUGAUGCCAUUCCUAUGAUUAGCAAAAUUAAAUUUGAACGUCCAUUUGCCCGUGCAAUGAAUCAUGUGUUCGGAAAAACCUUAAUAUGUCGCAAUAUGGAGACUGCCACCCAGAUUGCAAGAACCCAAAACUUGGAUUGUAUAACGUUAGAGGGUGACCAGGUGAGUCGUCGUGGAGCUUUGACUGGAGGUUAUUAUGACAUGCGGCGGUCACGGCUUGAUCUCCAGAAGGGCAAGGUGGAGUUCGAACGAAAACUUGCUGAUCAAGAAAAAGAGUACAAUGAACACAAACAGAAGCUGGAGGCGGUCGAGUCCAAGAUCAACAACCUAGUCAGCGAGAUGCAGAAAAUGGAAACCAGAAACAGCAAAAACAAAGACACCUUUGACAAAAUGAGGGCAGAUUUGAGACUUAUGACAGAGGAAAAACAAGCAAUAGAAAAAUCCAUGUUGUCAAAGGAAACCAGUGUAGCCAGUCUUAAAGCCAGUCUAGAAACGAUGCAGGGUUCCGCUGCUUCAUUAAAUGAAGAGCUGGGAUCCGAUUUACUGUCACAGCUCAGUGUGGAGGAUCAGAGGGAGGUGGACUAUCUUAAUGAUCAAAUCAAGAAUCUCACCCAGCAGAACAAGGAAGCACUUACAGAGAGAAUUAGGCUGGAAGGUGAAAAGAAUAAGUUAGAGAAUCUGCUGCAUAACAACCUGAUGAAGAAAAGAGACCGCAUCAUGCACGACCUGCAGGAAGUUUCGGUAGCUGACCGCCGUCAGAAGCUGGACCAGUUCCAGACAGAACUAGAUCAGGAGGAUGAAAAACUGGCCAAUUUCAAGGAACAAAACAAAGAUUUGGAUUCACAGCUCGAAAAGAUGAAUAAAGAACAGAAAGAAUUACAGUCCAACCUAGAGAACUGGAGAGCAAAAGAAAAAGAAUAUCAAGAGAAAAUCUCAGACGAUGCCAAAGAUUUAGAGAAGAUGACAAAUAAACAGAGCUUGUUGUUGAAAAAGAAAGAUGAAUGCAUGAAGAAAAUCAGAGAACUAGGAUCGCUACCAAGUGAUGCAUUUGAAAAGUAUCAAAGCUUUAAUCUUAAACAGCUAUUUAAAAAACUAGAGAAUUGCAACCAAGAACUAAAAAGAUACAGCCAUGUAAACAAGAAAGCAUUAGAUCAGUUUGUGAACUUCUCAGAUCAGAAAGAAAAACUUAUCAAGAGAAAGGAGGAGCUUGAUAGUGCUCAUCAGUCAAUUUUGGAUCUGAUGAAUUCAUUGGACCAAAGAAAAUAUGAGGCCAUACAACUUACUUUUAAACAGGUGUCCAAGUACUUCAGUGAGAUUUUCAGAAAAUUGGCUCCACAAGGUCAUGCCCAGCUAGUGAUGAAAAAGGGGGAUGCAGACCAGAAUGAUGAUGAGGACUCGCAAGAUUCAGUCCCCCUGGUGGAACAGUUUACAGGGGUGGGAAUAAAGGUUUCUUUCACUGGAAACAAGGCCGAGAUGAGAGACAUGCAGCAGCUCUCUGGAGGACAGAAGUCACUUGUUGCUUUGACCCUGAUCUUUGCAAUUCAGAAAUGUGACCCUGCCCCAUUUUACCUUUUUGAUGAAAUUGAUCAGGCUCUGGACUCGAGUCACAGGAAAGCUGUGGCAGAUAUGAUCCAUGAAUUGGAUGCCCAGUUUAUUACAACAACAUUUAGACCUGAAUUACUAGAGCAUGCAGACAAGUUUUACGGUGUGAAGUUUAGAAAUAAGGUGUCUCAUAUAGAGUGUGUAAGUAAGGAGGAAGCGGAGGAUUUGUGGAGGCGACACCACACACGGCUGACACGUGGGAGGGCGGCUCGACGAUGAUAGACAAGCGUACACUGACCGGCAGCUGACUCGGAGUGCAAUGUGCUCAUUUCAGACAGUCCUACAGCAUCUGUUGCAUUGCCUCUAUACCCGAGUACCACAGAAAGCAAAAAUACACAUUUUACAGGCAGUUUUUUCUCUCUAAAGAAAUGGAUGCUGUUUAAUAUUACAUCAUGUCAUGUUCAUAAUUGUGUUAGUUGUUGUUGCAGAGUUGUCAUGGUUUCUGUAUGAAAGUAUCUUUUAUUUCAUUGUGUGAUAUAUGUCAUAAAUAGCUCUAGAAUAUUUUAUCAGUGAUGAAUGUGUAAUCGUAACAUAUUCAGUGACAGUAUCUUUCUUUUUUUCUUUUUUUUCAAAUUACCAUUUUAUUCAUAAUAAACAUAAAUUUUUAUUGUA